AUGCUGCGAUUUGUGGUAAAAUAUGGAUUUCAUGAAAAGACAUUUAUCAAUUAAUUUUUGUCAGCUUCUGUAAAAUCGCAAUUACAUUUAGAAUUAAAAGAAAAUAUCAAUCAGGUUUAAAAUUUGAACACUUUAAUAGGUGUAAUUGAUACAUCAUAUAAAACUAAUUAAAUAAUACCUUUAGAUUUAUUGAAAUUAGUAUUAUAAAGAUCAACUGAAUUAGUUUAAGUAGAGAGCAAUUUAGAAUAUUUAAAAGGAUUAUUAUUAACAUUGUCAAUAAAUAGAAUAGAAAAUAGAUAAUUGAAUUAAACAAUUCUUGAUGUGGUGAUGUAAAAUUAUUAAAAGUUAUCUGAUGAACAUUUAAUAACAAUUACAGAGACAAUAAUUUAUAAUAAACUCAAUUAAAAAUAUAAAAUAAAAGAUGUUUAGAUAUUAUUUGAAUAGAUGGCUAUAAAUUUAUAAAAUAGUGACUCUUAAAUAUAUAAUUAAUAGAUAUUACUUUAAUUACCAAAACUUAUAAAUCUAUUAUAACAUGUAAGACAUAAUAAAUUGAUUCAUGAAAUAUUGGCUACAGUUUAUGGUCUAUUGCAUUAAUUAAAAUAGUUUUAUAAUUAAGAAUUAAAUACAGAAUACCUAAGUUUAUCUUUAUAAAUGUGUCAUAUAAUGGAUACAUUAGAAAUAUUGUUUUAAAAUCCUUUAAUAGUAAGUGCUUAAAAGAAAUAAUAAAAGAAAUUAUAAUAAUAAUUUAUGGAUCUAAUUAAUUAAUCAUUUACUGAAAAAAAUAUGUUAGAAACUCAAUUUUCAGUAUAACAUAUUAAUUCAAUAUUAAAUUUUGUUAAAAAAUAUCCAAAAUCUCCACCACUCUCAAUCCCAUCAUAAAUUCAUAAUUUAAUAGGAAAUAUUUAUAUUAGUUUAGUAAAUGAAUUUACAACAAAUUAAAAAUAGAAAAUUUUGAAAGGAUUAAUAGAUUUUAAUAGUUUAGCAUAUUUUUUGACUAAAACAAGCAAGAAUUUCUAUUUAUAAGAUUAGGAUUAUAAAGUUAUACAUGUCUUAGUUGAAUCAGAAAACAAUCUUUUUAUUCUCGCAAAAACUCUUGAAACAAUAUCAACUAAUGUUUAAAAUCAUAAUGAUAUACAUCACAAUCCAAAUAAUAAAUAACAUCAUCAUCAUCAUCACGAUCAUCCAAAAUUAAGAGAUCCUGUUUUAUAAUUAAUUGAAUCUAAAAUAAGAUAAUUAAUGUAAAAUCAUUUAAAUCCAAGUGAUUCAUUAGUUAUAGCAUUUUAAUCUUUAAUUAGAAUAGAAGAUUAUUCUCCAAAAUUAGCAACAUAUUUAGAAUAUUUUGCUUAUGGUUAAGUAUUAAAUUAAUUAAAAUGGGUAGAUUUUAUUGUUAAAUUUAUACCUAGUUUAGGAAUACUUAGUAAAAGAUUAACAUAAUAAUUUUAUAUGUCAGUAUAAUAAAAUAAUAAUGAUUAAUAUAAAUAAUUAUCAGAUGUAUGGGAAAAGGUAUUAGCAAUCUUAAUGAAAAAAAUAGAUUAAAUAGAACCUAAUAAAAUUCCUAUUAUUCUAUUUUAUUUAAGUUAAGCUAGUAAAUUGGAUCUUAAAGAAGUUUCCAAAUUAUUACAUAUAAUUAAAAAAUCCACUGAUUUUACAAAAUUUAAUUAUUAAUAAAUUUGUGAAAUAUUUUACUCAUUUAGUAGAUUAAAUUAUUAAGAUACAUAAUUUUAUUUUGAUUUGAUUAAUAAAUUAGUUGACAAAGAAUUAAAUAUGGAUUAAGUAAUAUUAAUUUAUUCAGGAUUAAUAAUUAAUAAAUUAUAUAAUUAAACAUUUAUUUGUUAAUUGUAAGAUCAUCUUAAAAUUAAAGAUUUUAAUGAAAAGAAUAUGUUAAGUUAUCUAUAAGCAUUAUUAACAUUAUAAUUUGAACCUAAAUCAACAAUUUUAGAAGCUAUAUCAACAUAAUAUUAUAAAUCUAAAAAUUAUGAAUUUAUUAUUGGAUGUGCUACAUCUUUGUUAUAAUAUUAAUAUGAUUAAAAAGUAUUAGAACAUUAUAAUAAUUUCAUUAAAAAUUAACAUGAACUUUAUAUUAAAUCACCAUUCUAUGCACAUUAAUUACAUGUUUUAUUUAUGAAAUUGAAACAUGUAGAUCAAAUUAAUUAAGAUCUCCUUUAGGAUAUUACUAAAGUACUUUAAGAAUCAAAAAUAAGUUUAGCUAAAUAUCAUUUAUAAAUGAAAUAAAUAACAAAAAGUUAAAUGGAAUUGGAUAUUAUUGAAUAAUUUAAAAAAAUCUUAGAUUUCGAUAGAUUAGAAAAAUAAGCAAAAUUAAAUGAUUAUAAAUUUACUGAUUAAUAUGAUCCAAUAGAAAUUCCAAAAAUAGAAAAUUUAAUACCUUAUUAAAUAGAUUUUAAAGUUGGUGAUUAUUGUUUUGAAAUAAAUGGACCAAAACACUAUUUAUAAAUUUGGCCAGAAUAAUAAUAUAAAUUAGAUGGAUGGACUAUGAAGAAGAAAUAACUUUUAGAGAGUAUUGGCUUUAAGUAUAUUGAAGUAAAUCAUGAAUAGUAUAAACAAAAAGGAUUAGAGUAUUUGAAGCAAUUUUAAUCAAUCUGA